UCACUCUUGUUAGGCCCUGCAACCAAACACAACGCAACCAGAAUGGUUUCUCUAGAAAACAUUCAGGCAACCUCCACACCCAUUGAACCAAAUUCAAGCCCCCGGAUCUCUUUUUCAACCGAUUUUUUCGAUGAAGAAGAUUUCAUCUCCAUAGACUUGAACUCUCAGACUCAGAAAGAGCACAGAAAGGCGCCAGAGAAAACGCGCAACAACGAAUUUGAGUUUCUCUCUGGUGAUUUUACGAGCCAAACCGCGAUAAGUACUGCUGAUGAGCUAUUUUCCCAAGGGAAGUUGCUUCCUUUUUGCCAAACACAGAAUUCAGAGACACCAAACAAGAUGAGUCUUAAAAUGGAAGGAGAGGAAGAGAAGGAGGUGAAAAAGGAGGAGAGUAAGGUGAGUUGGUUUAUGGAUGAUGAUCCAUCUCCUAGGCCUCCUAAUUGCACUGUUCUAUGGAAAGAGUUGCUGAGGUUGAAGAAACAACGCGCUGCUUCUUUAUCGACAUCUUCCUCUUCCUCCUCAUCGCGUUCUUCGAGCUCAAUAGGCGAUUUGGCUCCCAUUGAUGAAGGGAAGGAAGCAUUAGGAAAGAGAGAGAAGCAUGUCAAGAGGAUAAAGAAAGGGUUGGAUAGGGCAAGAUCAGUCACUGUAAGAAUAAGGCCUGUGGUUAAUGUGCCCAUUUGCACACAGGGGAAGAAGACUGCUCUGCCUCCUCUGUUUUCCCUCAAGAAAGGAAGGCUAGAGAGGUGAUGAGACGGAAGAGGAACUAUUUUUUUUGUUAUUUAUUAUUAUUAUUAUUUUUUUUUAUGGUAAUUAGCAUUUUUUUUUUUUUUUUUUUAAUAUGGAGGAUUGUCAGUUAUGAUCUUUUUUUGUGCGUGUAAAUUUCAUUUCUUUGUUUCUAUGUCCAGGAAAAUAUGCUAAUAUGUGUGACUAGUUACAAUAUAAAUGCUGACUUUUAUUUUUGUUGGAUGCUAUCAAUUGCCAAUUCGAUCUCGUAGGUGGUGGUAGUUUUUAUUUUUAUUUUCUUUUUCUUUUUCUUUUUCUUUUUGCGAAGUAAUUCAUCUAGUUUUCUUGUUUCACCAAAAAGUGACAUUUUUUUUUUCUAGCUUUCGGAAGGAAUUAGGAAGCAGCCGCACGGGUGGGUUUGAGAGAAUAUAAUACGUAUAACUCGAAGGAAUCAAACCUGAUGAUUGUUGUACAAUUUAUUUAUAUACUUAUUUAUUUUUACAGAAUAUAUUAGCCUGGAGAUCACGUACAUGGUCCUACUUAUAUUUGGGAUUAAAGCGAAGUGAGAAAAACA